AUGAUAAAAGAGUCUGAAAACAAUCCAAAAAAGAACGAAACGAGUGUGUACGUCCAUUCGCACGUAAAGAGUGAAGGCAAGGGAGAGCUGAUAGAGAAGGUGGGAAAGUGUGCAACUCUUUUCGAUGCGCUAAAAAGUGUUUGCGAAAGCCACGGAGACUCCAACUUCCUGGGACGAAUAAACGAAAAAGAAAAGAUUGAGUAUUUGACGUUCAAGGAGACCCGCAGAUACGCGGAAGAAGUAGCCAAGUUCAUUCUUGCGCACACAGACUGCUCGGACAAAAACAAGAAACCUAUUGUAGGAAUAUGCUCAGAGAACAGGCCCGAGUGGAUCAUAGCAGAGCACGCAACAUACUUUUUCAGCGGGAUAAACUGCCCAAUAUAUGCAUCGUUUGGAUGGAGCGCAACAAAACACAUUUUCAACGAGACAAAAAUGGAGAUAAUUUUUGUAUCUGAAAAAAACGCGGAGAAGAUCGCAAAGAACCUCGAAAGCGAAGACAGCGUGCAGGUCAGCGUGCCAAAAGUGUUUGUGCUGAUGGAUGCCAACCUAUCUGACAGUGCACACAAGGUGCUCAGCGCAUUUGGGUCUGAGCUGUACUAUUUCUGGGACAUUGUGAAAAGAUGUAAAAAAGUAACAGAACAAAAACCAGAGCAAAAAAAACAAGAAGAGAAAGAGACUGAAGAAAAAGAAGAGCCAAUAAGCAACAAGUUCAAAAAACCCACAGAAGCUUCAGCAAAGAGAGUAAAGGAGCACUUUAUUGCCCCAAAGGCAGAAACAGUUGCAACUAUUUGCUACACAAGCGGUACUACAGGAGCCCCCAAGGGAGCGAUGCUAAUGCACAGAAACUUUGUUUCUGUGAUUGCAGCUUUUCUGCUCCUCUCCAAAAAGGGCGUCUUUUUCGACAUUGAGAGUGGAGACAGAUACCUCUCGUUCCUGCCCCUAGCACACGUGUUUGAAAGAAUAGUUGAGUCGGCUCUGCUCCUGAGCAAGUGCGAGAUUAUAUACUACCGAGGAAACCCAAAACAGCUGCAAAAAGAUUUUAGCAUCUCCAAACCAAACUUUUUUGUGGGUGUGCCAAGAGUCUUCAACUCGGUAAAGGCUGCAAUCGAAACAAAAGCCAAAGAAAAGGGGAAGAUAGCAAAUUUCAUAUUUACGUUUUCUCUUUUGAUAUGCAUGAUAUUUAAGAACAGGGUGGUUAGAGAAAUAUUCGGAAGAACUGUCUUCAAAACCAUCCGAGAAACAUUCGGCGGGUCAAUUAAGUGCAUGCUGUCAGGGUCUGCACCGCUGUCUGCCCCCUGUGCGCUGUUCUUUGAGGCGAUCUUCAACUGCCCGAUGUUUGAGGGGUAUGGCCAGACAGAGACAGCUGCUGGAAAUAUCACAACGGACAUAUUCACAAACGAAAAAGGGGUCAUUGGAAUUCCGUUCCCCUGCAACAAGAUUAAGCUUGUGUCGCGGCCAGAGUCGAAUGUAUUCGCUGAAAAAAACCAAGGAGAAAUACUGAUGCAGGGACACUCAGUGUUUUUGGGAUACUACCAGCAGGAAAAGCUUACAAAAGACUGUUUCUACGAAGACAACACAGACGGGAAAGAGAGCUCUAUUUAUAACGAAAAAGGAAAUAAAUGGGUUAAAACAGGAGACAUUGGAGAAAUAACAGCGCAAGGGAACCUGCGAAUUAUUGGAAGGAGCAAAGAAAUUUUCAAGCUUUCGCAGGGAGAGUACAUCAUACCGGAAAAAAUAGAAAAUCUCAUUCUGGCGGCAAAGAUCAAACAUCUGGACGACAUCACAAUUGUAGGAGACAGCACGCGAGACUAUGUGAUAGGGCUCUGCACAAUAAACGGAGACAUAGAGGACGUGAAGAAAAGUGUAACAGAUGAGAUAUUCAAGGAAGGAGACAGGCUUGUCCAGACGGGCGAGCUCAUCAAAAUAGAAAUACCAAAGAAAUUUGUUUUCACCAACACAGCUGCUACAAUUGACAACGAUCUGCUUACUCCAUCCGGUAAAAAAAUCAGGAACAGAAUAGUGUCUUUAUUUGGCAAACAAAUUCAAGAAUUAUACAAUACAAUUUAA